AUGAAGUUGCUCAAAGACCUAGCAGUAGCGAGAAAGGAACUUGCAGACUGGACUGAAAAUCUCACGUGGGCUCACGAUGGUACUCUGUACUUAACUACCGUCCCAGAUAUUACAGUGUGUGUUCCUGUUUACAGUGAAGCCACUAACAGCAGCAAGGAUUUAUUUCACAUCAAGGAGUACCCUUUGCCCCUUGUAAAUAAAUUUGAGUAUGACCUGGCGCAAAAAAAUGUCAUGAUAAAUUCGGUACCUGAGAGCUCUAUCAAAAUUUGCCAGGCAUCCCCUGUAUCAGAUUCACUUGCUGUACUGACAAACAAUGCAAAUGCUUGUAUCUACAGUGGGCGAGGGCUAGUGGCACAACUUGACCAACCAGAAAGGGCUCUAGAAGAGCGAUCAUAUCACUCGCUAGCAUGGAAUGUUGAAGGCAACAUGAUUGCAGUUGGUAACGAGGCUUGUGAGGUUAUAGUAUUUUCUGUGAAUGAAAAUUUCGAAGGUGCGGAGUUCAUUUACCAUCGUACAAUCAAAAUCAACGAUGAUGCAACGAGUUGGGUCACCAGGUUAGAAUGGUAUGAAGAAGGGAUCAUAGUUUCCCUCAGUAAUAACUCAGUUCAUCUUGUUCGGGAAGACGAUGGGCCUAAGCAGAUUAAGUGCUCUUCUCGGUUCAAGAAUUCGGACUUGAAAGGAAUGAAAGGUAACAUCAUAAUAACAUCCGCGGGAUCUGUUCACAGGUACGAAAUAGGAAGUGGCACUUUGGAGUCGCUUGACUUGGGGGCUUGUGAUGACUUUUACGUCGUUCCGCUACCUGAUUAUAACACGGCUCUGUUAAUUUCAAACAAGACUUCCUGUCUUUUGAGUUUAGGUCAUGAAUUGCGUUUACAGAAUGAUGUUAUCAUAUCGCCGCAUAUAGAGGCGAAAUUCAAGAAGUGGAACAACUACUUUAACGAAUUCAAUAAUUACGAGACUAAUUUUUUGAUUCAUGGUUUAGCAACUUCACCGGAUGGCGCAUGUUUGGCUUUGGCAUACAGCCUUGAUCGUCUUUCGAUAAGGUAUCGUAUAGUGUCCGAGCAGCAGUACAGAAUAUGCUUGUUUCCGUUGGGGAAAGCUUGGGAGAUCAAGCAAGGAUCGACGGGAUUGACGUGGUAUCAGAAUUAUCAAAUCUAUAACAAGCAGCUUCCGCGCAACUUUGAAACAGACGAAGGCUGUUUGGAUCUCGACACUACACUGAGCUUCAAAUCCUACCUUCAAGAAUUGAUGAACAAUAAAAGAAUGAACAAUUUGAGGUUUUCUAAUUUUCUAGAACAAGAAAAAGAUAACAAUCUUUACAAAAGGGCAGUCUACGAUUACGCUGUUGCUCACAAAGACGAAGUCGUUAACCCUCUCGAUAAAGCUUGCGUGCAAUCAAUAGCAGACUUGUUGGCUCUUGAGAGCCCUGUUGUACCUGAAAUCUACACCAUGAAGGGAGAGUUUAUAGAGGAGACUUUCAGUUCUCCCGCUUCUCCAAACACAGAUGUGGUUCAAUCUGAGGAGGGCCACAUUUGGAAAAGGUGUCGCGCCACAUUUCUACCUCUCCUUACCUCGAAAGUUAAGGUGUGCCCAGUGAGUAAUUACCGCAUCAUUGAUAUAAAGCACGACGCUCGUAACGAUUAUGGUUGGCUUACUCGGACAAUUCUACAAUUUUCCAACAACCAAAGCAUUUAUAGUGGAACACGGAUGCUUUAA